AGCGGUUAUAGGUGUCAGCAAAUAAACCCUUUUGUAACUAUACAGUUAAUAGGAGCGUAAACCAAAAAUUUUCAGAAUUAUUUUUUCUUAAUCUGUAUGAAAUAUGAAGAUUAAGGAGAAUAUGGACCUUGACAACAUAAAAUCAAACCUUAUUGCUUUAAGGCAAUUGUAUGGUUUAUUGAGAAAUGAUAGCGAUGGUGCUUCGAACUUGAACUCUGAUGGUUUGGACCAUGAAGCGCGAGUCAUGUUAAAGAACUUACUCGAUACUACAACGAAUGAUGUUCUUAAAGCUCAUUUUGAGAUCAUAGCAGGUCAGGUGCAUGUGCACAGCUUACCUCAGCCUCAGCAGCCGGUUGACACGGUAAAGCAACAACCUGUUGCUUUAUUAGAUGUAUCAAAAUCUUCAGCUGGUAUUCAAAGUUAUGGAAAGGAGCCGGUUGUCGUGGACCCUACUUUAUCAAAAGAGAAGCAGGAACCUGCCGCGCCAAUUACUCAGACAGCUAGCGCGCUGCCUCCAAAAUUCAGCUUCAGCGCGGGAGAAUCUGGAAAGAAAAGAAAGUUUUGCAGAAUUUGCCAGCGUCCAAAAGUUGAAAAGCCGUUUGUAAAAGAAGCUCCAUGUUCUACAAAGGUCGUGGCGCUGCAAGAACAGCAGAAAAGUCCGUUCGCCAAUUUUUCUUGGGACAUUCAACGAGAAACAUUGCAAUCAGGAAACACUGAAAGUACAGAGCCAAAAGAAGUUCUUGAUCUCCGUUGCAUAACAAGUGGUGCAGAAACUGUGGCGCCCUCCUUAUCUGAAAGACCAGCAAGUGAUCUUACACAAUCCGCGGAGAACUUUUCUGGACUGAAGAACCGUGAUCAUCUCUCAACCGAUGAUGCCAUUAAACAACUCGAAUUGCACAUUGCAGCUUUGCAGAUGGAUGCUGAGGACCUUGUCCUUGCUGAUAAACAUGCAGCUGAACAUAACUUUAAACCAGUAACUAACUUUGUGCCGCAAGUAGAGUUAGCUAGUCCCGUCAAGAAGAUAGAGGGAGCUCUCGUGAAUGACUCACUACAGCUAGUGAUUACUCGAUACAGUCAAGAACCUAAAGGCGCAUCAAGUUCACUGUAUCCGGGAUAUACUAUUCCAAUCAGAAUAUCAAAUAUUUCAGCAGAUCAAUCGCCAAAACCUCCGGAGUCAAGUAGUUGCCAGUCAAAUCAGUUGAGACAACAGAAGAUAGUAGCAAACAUAUUCCCUGCUGAGGAACAUGAUAGUUCUACCGAGCUAGAUUUGGUUGAAGAGCAUCCGCGGCAGAUACAGAGAGGAAACAUAAGCGGUCAGAGCAUCCAGUCCAUCGAUGACCAAUUCGAGUCAUUGAGUCGAUCAAAGAAUCAAAAUAAUAGUACUUCAAGACAGAAUCCUUAUGCUAACAGUUAUUCUUUCCAACAAGACCGACACAACAUGGAAGCUGGGGUUACUGUUUUGCCUGCAAUGUUGGUCAACCAGAACCAAAACCAAAUGCCUUCAAACACGAAAAUACGGCAGCUAGAAAAAUUGAAAGCAGACAGGCAGAUGCGUGCAGCAGAUAUUUCGAGAAACAACAUAGGCACUCCAGGAUUGAUUGAUCAUGGGAGCAAGUUAACAUGGUCCGGUACAGAUGAGAGAAGAAUGGAUUCACCUUAUUCACAGCGGGCAAUAAUGAGGCGGUCAGCAUUGAAUCACAAGCUACGUCAAUUCACACCAUCCCGGAGCUCUUAUGCAAACUUGGACCAGAAUCCUAGUAAAUAUCCGAAGAAUAGUAAUCACAUGAAGAGAUUGAGAAGAGGUCGUUUGCAUGAACAGGAAUCGGAGGUUUCACAUUUAAGCUCACCCUACUCUUCCAGUUCGACAGAUUUGCAGCAGAGGAGCACUUACAGUAGUGACAAUGAUGAUUCCUUGCCAAGGCAGGCUCGAGCCAAGAUGCAGUACUCGGAUGAAACAAGCAGCUAUGGAGGAGAUGAAUCAUAUCCUCGGAGAGGUAGUAGUCAAAGUGAUUAUACGCUCAGCUCAAGCUACAGUGGAAGUGAGGGUUACUCAUCCUCAAUUGGUAGUGAAAAGGCUCAUGAAAGCGAGGGAGAGAGAUCCUCGUCACUUGAUCCUUCGGGGUCUGACCGUCUUGAAGAACCAUCUUACUACUCAGCAGAUUCUUCAUCUAGGAGGUCAAGUCCUGCACGCGUCUACAAGUCUGCUAACUCGAAAAAAUCAAAGAAACAUAAUGGAAGGUGGAAGAAGUUGAAAGACAAGCUAGCAGUAGUAUUUCACCAUCAUCAUCAUCAUCGUGGUAAGGAUGAGAAAAAAACAACUUUGGCGAGGCAGAGAGGGAAAAGAUUCCCCGGCCACUACUCGUCAAGCAAGGAUGAAGCAUUUGGAGAAAAGGCUUUGGAAAAGUUUGGGAAGUCAGCAAUCGACAAGCAAGCUGGAAAAAAACCAAAGGGUGGGGACCAGUUUCAUACCCUUGCUCGGGGGCUGAUGCAACAUAUCCAGCAUUCAAAGAAGUCGAAACAUAGCAGCACUAGACCAGUAGACAAAGAACAACAUAGCAAUAAGAAGGCGAUCAACAAAUUUCAUUGGUGGCAGCUACUAAGGCAUCAUAGAGGUAUGAAUAAAUCACCUGCCAUGCUAGGAUCCGGAAAUAAGAAAGGUCAUUCAAAAGCUUUUCCAAGAUGAAGUGAGACAUCUGAAAUUGCCACUUUGUUCACUCCUGAAUAAGAGCACUAGUUAUCGCCCUCACCAGCAGGAGAUGCUGGAGAUUCAAAUUGCCAACGACUAAUAUCACUGUUUAUUACUCAUUUCAAGUAGCACAUUCAUAAUUGUUAUAUUAACAAGAUUACGGAUUGUUUUAACAUAGUAUUCUAUAAAAUCUAAAUAACUUGUGAAGUCA